AUGGAGGAUGUCGACAUUGAUGAGAGUGCUCUAAAUCCUACGCCAAGUACUCAUGUAACUGAAGAGGAACCUGUGGGGCUUGAGGAUGAUGCUGAGAAGAUAAUUAAGAUACUGACAAGAGGAAUAAGGGAACGGGAUAUUGUCUCUAUUUUGGGCAUGCCUGGUCUCGGAAAGACCACUUUGGCAAAAAAGAUAUUCAAAGAUUCUUCUAUUGUUUCUCACUUUGAUGUUCGAGCAUGGGUUACCAUUUCUCAAUCAUAUGAUGUGAGAGAGCUGCUGAGGGAUAUCUAUAAGCAAGUGACCGGUGUUAAGUGCAAUGGAGAAAAGGAGAGUGACAUAUCCGAUAUGUUGCGCAAGUGUUUAAUAGGCAAAAGAUAUCUCAUUGUCUUGGAUGAUGUAUGGGAAGCCGAGGCAUGGGAUGAGUUAAGAUUAUGUUUUUCAAUUGGUAAACAAGGAAGCAGAAUCAUGUUAACAACUCGCAUUGAACAUGUGGCAAUGGAAGUCAAGCACUGUACCGAUUCUUAUUCCCCUCGGUUCCUAACAAGGAAGCGAGCUGGAAAUUGUUACAGAAAACAACAUUUCAAAAGGAAACUUGCCCUCCUGAAUUCUGGGAUGUUGGGCUACAAGUUGCAAAUAUUGUAA